CUCCAAGAACGAUUAAUUGAUUUGACAAGUUUUGAGAUUAAUUUGCAAGGUUUUUCUCGAUUUCCUCAAAAAUAUUAAUUUUUUUCUCUGAUUUUCUCAAUUCAAUACACUCGAAUACAUGCAUAUAUUCUAAAUAUACGUUAAAGAAUAAUUUAUAUAAUCAAUUUGAGGAGAUGCAGAUUUUUAAAGGAACUUGUAUUAACUCCUGAUCUCUAAUAACUAAUGCCCGUUCUUGUAAAUACAAAUCAUCUAAUGAUAUGUCACUCAGGGUCAUCAAACAUGUAUUUGCUUAUUUGAAAGUUAGAUCAGCAUAUCAAUGAAUAUGCUACCUUUGUCCCCCUCAUACAUACAUAAAAUGAAAGUAUCACAUUUCAGUCAAUAUCAUGUCACGGUCAUGUCGAAGGUUGCCAUAGCAAUAACGUCCCUCAACUCUUAUUUUUAGGCUCAUCAUAAUUCGAAUUGAGUAGUUUCCUCACUUGUCUGACUGUUUCAUAGAAGGAUAAUGUGGGUGUGCCGCAAAGAUUUUGAAUAUGUGGUGCGGAAACAGGAGCUUCAGAAAAUAGCUUUUGGCUCAGGAUGCGAGAGAGACACUUCAUCAAAAAAGGGGAUGACUCCGUUUAUGAGACAUUACAUAUAUGAAGACUUUCCAAACAUUUCCCCUACUAAGUAUAAUCCUCUGGAUGCAUUUAAAGCUAUCAACACCAAGCCUUGUCCUUGUGCUAUCAGUAGAAAGGGGUACAGUGGAAUUGCACGUUUUGCAGACACUUUGAAUCAUGGCGACGAUCAUCCUUCUCCUGCUGAAUACAGCAUUAGCACAUUUCCCCCGAAAAUUAAACAAUCGAAAUAUCCGUUUUCAUCCACAGCAAAGCGACAAUCUAACUUGACCAACAAAAAUCCAGGGCCAGGUACUCACUUGCCUGGAGGUAAGUGUCAAAUAAUGUAUGACCACAGUUUUGGUGGGCGUGUGAAGAUGCGCUUAGGGGUUGAGUUGAAGUGCUGUCAGCGAAAUACUGACAUUUGUGACCUGUGUCAGAGAAAACCGCUUGGUGAUUAUUGGCACAAACGUAACAAAAGCUUUUUAUGCAGACCGUGCAUGCUCAAGGAACAUAGGGAACACAAAAUAUACAAUGCGCCUCAACUCAAAGAAUUUCGUAAAAUACGAGAUUGCUCAGAGAUACAUCGUCACGAAGGGAUGCCUGCCAAAAUAUGGCUUAUGCAUCCCCAAGUUAUAAAAAAAUGGAACCGAUGCGAAGCUUAUCUUUCAGCUUACCUUAUAGACUAAUUACCGAUUUCUUAUCGAGUAAAAACUACUUUGAUAUGGCAAAAAGAGUAUCGCUUAUACAUGUUUGAUGUAAAUAUUACAAUUAAAUAUCCGAAUUUCAUAGUUUUUUAUUACUAUUGCUGUUAAAUAGUUGUAAUAACUUUGUAAUAUGUGAAAUUUAUAAUUAAAAAACGAACUAAGGUAUCUAUGCAUCAGUUCUUUUCACUUGCUCGGAAAUAGUGAUUUACCUCUGGUUGUUAUGAAACGUGGGUAUGAUCACGAAUGAUAGAGACUGAUAUAUGAAUAGAUUACAUUCAUUUAAUAAGCGACACGUAUACAUCAAUUCAUUUUUAGGCAUAUUACACGUGAUACAGAUCUAAAUGAUUCUCAUAAUAGCAAUACAAUGAAUUCCUUACUAUUUCUAAUAUCUCUACUUGAGCACUAUUUACAGAAAGAUUAUAUAAAAAUAUUUCGCUUGUCAAAUGGUUAAAUGCCUCAAAUAAUAUAGUAUAGUAGUGUUUAACUGUAUUAGAAUAUGGUAUAACUAUUAUAGCUGUGUGUAACAGAUAAUAUUUCGUAUUACACAUUACGUAUAUGUGGUAAUCAGUCAAUCAGGAAAGAAUUGCUUCUUGUCUAGAUAUUAAAAAUAUGCAGAGUAAUACCACUUGUAUCAAUUGACGUAUAUUAACUGUAUUGUAACAAGCUGUUCUAGAAAUACGUGUGAGGGCAAGUAUUACAUUUAUUUUUCUAUUCGACAUAAGCUGUCAUUCGCAGAAUAAGGUUUUGGUUACGCAAUUCCAUAAAAAGAUAUUCGAUGAAAUGCGGGCACUUUACAUAUAACAACUAAGAGUUUAGUUUUAGCUGCUGAGAGGCCUGUAGAAAUCGAUACAACUUGUAAACCACGUGUACAAAGUUUUGAAUUGAAACGAAAUUUAAUUACGAAUUAUUGUCACCUAUUCAAGAAUCACUUUGAUUUGAAAAUAA